AUGUCGAAAGUGGAAGUGGCUAAAGAUUACGUUGAUGAGGAAGUUUCAUUUGAGUCAUUCCAUUUAGAUCCAAGGCUUCUUCAAGCUAUUAUCAAAUUAGGCUAUGAGCAUCCUACUUUAGUUCAGACUCAGGCUAUCAAGCUCUCGUUAGAUGAAAAGAAGGAUAUUAUUGCCCGAGCUGCGACGGGUUCGGGUAAAACUGCAGCUUACUGUAUUCCCAUUGUUCAAUCCAUACUAUCCAAUCAACAGGAUCAGCAGGACAAAGAACAGGCAGAACAUAGUAUUCAUGCUGUUAUACUAGUUCCCACAAAAGAGCUCUCUCAGCAAGUGUACGAGUUCUUGAAUGAGUUGACGAUUUAUUGUGGUAAGGUGGUGAAGUUGCUCAACUUGAGUGAUUCGGUGGAUGAUGAUUUACUCGUUUCUUUGGUCAACGAACAGCCUGAAGUGAUUAUAUCAACUCCAUCGAAGUUAGUGACGAUGUUAGAAAAGAACAAAAAGUUGAGUCUAACUCAACUCAAAUACAUGGUGAUCGACGAGGUUGAUUUGGUGGUCAGUUACGGUUAUAGUGAUGAUCUUGAAAAGCUCACAAAAUACCUAAACUUAAAACAAGAGAUGCAGAUGUUUCUAAUGAGUGCCACGUUGAAUGAAGAUGUGGCCGAACUCAAGAGCAAGUUUUGCAGUAAGCCUGCCGUUUUGAAGUUGCAGGAUUUGGCAGAUAACUCAAAAGAAUUGGCUCAAUAUUAUAUCAAAACUAAUGAAUUGGAUAAAUUCUUGUUGGUCUACGUGAUUCUCAAGUUGAAGCUUAUUCGAGGAAAGAUUUUGGUGUUUGUCAAUGACUUAGAAAGAGGUUAUAGGUUAAAGUUAUAUCUUCAGAACUUUGGACUUCGGGCCUGUGUUCUUAAUUCGGAGCUUCCCUUGAAUUCUCGUCUUCAUAUUGUUGAGCAGUUCAACAAGAAUGUGUACAAUUUGUUGAUAGCUACUGAUGAUUCGAACUAUUAUGAUGAUGAGGACUUAUCGAGUUCGAAGAGCUCGAAGAGCUCGAAGAAUUCAAAAGAUUCAAAGAACUCAGAGAACUCGAAGACUCCUUCGGAAUAUAGUGCUUCUAGAGGUGUCGACUUCCAGAAUGUGGCAUGUGUCUUAAACUUUGAUCUUCCAACAUCAUCCAAGGCAUACGUUCAUCGUGUUGGACGUACAGCAAGAGCAGGUAAGGCAGGUAUCGCUUUAUCGUUUAUUGUUAACAACAAAGAUUGGGGCAAACAUAAAGCAUCUUCAUUGGCCAGUGCUAGGAAGGACGAAAAGGUGUUGGCUAGAAUUGAAAAGACUCAGAAAAAGCUUGGAUUCGAGUUGCAACCUUACCAGUUUGAUACGAAGCAGUUGGAUAAUUUCAGAUACAGAAUGGAGGAUUCAUUCAGGUCUGUGACCAAAGCUGCCAUCAGAGAUGCACGGUUGAGGGAGAUUAAGAUGGAAUUGAUAACAUCUGAUAAGUUGAAGAGGCAUUUUGAGGAGAACCCAGAAGACUUGGCUACAUUGAGGCAUGAUAAAGCGGUUUCUAAAGUGAGAAGUGACCGGAAUCUUCAGGAUGUUCCCGAUUAUCUCUUACCUAAAGCAGUUAGACUGGAUCCAAAAAAGAUUACAUUUAUUCCUUUCAACAAAAGCAAUGGAAAAACCAGUAAGAAGAGAAGAAGAAAAGAAGGUGGAAAGAAGGUGGAUCCUCUCAAGAAGUUUAGGAGGUAA